AUGCCCGGUGUGCCUUCCAAUAAGGCGUGUGAGCGGUGUAAGAAGAGGCAUCUGAAGUGUGAUGAGACACGCCCGCACUGCCAGCGGUGUGCCACCGCGGGCGUGGAAUGCCCGGGUUAUGUCCAGACCCGUAAGUUUAUCGAUCAAGGUGCCACCGUGAGACGCAGAUAUGCACCGUAUCAGGAACCCCACGCCAAACUGGGAACCACAGCCAAUGCUGGCAAACAAGAGGAGCAUGCACCUCAGCCUACGCAGAGUGAAGCUCCGCCAAUAAAGAUCCCGCAGAUGCCCGGCCUGGGUUCGAGUGACCGAGCCAAAGAGGAGUCGAUGUUUCAAUUUCAGCUGGAAACGGCGAAUUCCAGUUCGGGUAACUUGCCAGGCGCUUCAAAUACACCCUGCACUACGGGCGUGAGAGCGCAAAAUGCGACUUCCAAUGCACCAAGGCCUGGACUGAGCCCCGAGGUGAAUCAAUUCUCUGCCUUACACAACAGCGGUUCCUCUUACCGGAGCCCUCUUUGCACCUCGGUUUCGCCCAAUCCGAUAACAGGUUUCAAUCCAGCGCUGGAGACAUACAGCGGAGUGUCCAGCGAUCGACCAGAAAGCAGACGACUAGUCUCAUCAGAGAGUGUAUCACAACGGAGUGAGAAAGAAGAAUUCCAGGAUAUCUUCUCAGAACUCAUGACUGGUACUGAACAUGAGAUCGCAUUUCUCACCCGCCAUUACGCCGAAGUACUGGGACCUUGGCUGGAUUUAUCGGAUGGUGGGAAGUUCUUCACGGUUUAUGUGCCUAUUCGAUCCAAUAACUCCCCGUCUCUCAAGUACUCAAUCGCAGCGUUAGCAGCAAAGCAACUGGCCCGGGUGAAGGGGGUCAAAGCCUCCACAUUAGGAGGCAUGUUCACAAAUCCUUCCACAACCGAGACAUACCCCAAUGCUGGUCAAGUGGAUUGGUUCCUCAAGGCUGCCAACUACUACUACUUGGCUGCCUCGGAUUUAACAAGAGCUACCUCAAAUGGCUAUACGGUGGUCUCGAGCUCCGCAGUUCUCGACUCGCCGGUGGAAAUGGUUAGCCGGUGGUUGGAUUCCCAGGUGACUCAAACUACGACUGAGGGCUCAGAUGAAGGCACAAUUCUGAGAAAAAUUGAGGACAUAAUGGCGACAGUCACAAUCCUCACGUUGUGUAAACUCUUCGAUGCGCAAGGCGAGGAAUGGCAUCAGUACCUGUCAGGGAUUCGUUCGGUAUUUGAUUCUCUUCAACAAAUAAAACCCAGGAAUACAGCCCUCUUCUCUCGUGGUAUCCGUGCCUGUUUCUGGAAUUUUGCCCGUCAGGAUUACCUCGGGUCCUAUUUCACCAAAUCAGCAACAUAUUUCGACCCUGGCAACCUAGACAUGUGGCGCGCAGCAGGUAUUUUGAUUGACGAGUUUGAAAAAUUCCAUAUCGGGGGAACCGAAAUGGUCAGUAUAUCUCCUGAAGACCAAGCGGCCAAUGGCCUGUCCUGGCUUGUGUCCAAAGCCGUCAAUUUCCUCGCCAAGUCCAAGGAGUCUCAAAUUUCCCAGUGGACCGGGUCUCCACCAGAAAAAUCACCAGGGUCUCCCGACUCUCCAGCUGGGUCGAACCCGCCAGAUACCAGUACCUGGCUUGGCCUUUGUUUCGAGUUCCAGACGUGGUUCGAGGGUGUGCCGGAAACAUUUCGCCCAUGUGUGCGCCUCGAGCGUCCCAGAAAUCUUUCAAGUCCAGAAAGUAGUAGCCAUCUCCCUUUCCCUGAAGUGUAUCACAGCUUGGCAACCUGCGCGGCGGCUAUGCAGCAUUAUCACUUCGGGCGCAUCGCACUCCUACUGAACCGACCGCCAGAUGUCACGAGUGCGCCAAGCACUGCCUUUGACCGUCUCCAAGGUUAUCGGGAGGUGACAAAGGAGGUUGAAUAUCGGAGCCGUGAGGUCUGUGGUAUCGCAUUGGGACGCCCUCAGGGGGAGGUGCGGGUCUAUAUGACCCCCCUUUUGUUUGCAGUGGGGCAAUGUUUAGAGGGUACUGAUGAGCAUCAGAUAAUCGUGGAUCUUUUGCAAGGUGUAGAAGCAGACUUGGGCUGGGCCACUGAAUAUGCGGUUCGGGAACUACAAACCUUGUGGAGUAGGUAA